CUCGCGAGUGAGGGGAGGAGGCAGCAGGAUGGCAGCGCCCGCCGCAGAGCACGCUUCCAGCUACAGUUUUAUUCUGAGCAUUAGUGAAGAGGAAGCCAGGGUGAAGGCUCUGAACGAGUACCUGAGCACUCGUAGUUAUAUCCAGGGGUUCACAUUUUCACAUGCAGAUGUGGAGGUAUUCAGAAAGUUUUCGGGGCCACCUGUGGACCAGUAUAUCCAUGUUGUCCGGUGGUACAGACACAUAGAAGCAAUCUAUGAUGGCAGCAGUGAAAAAAAUGAGCCUUGUAAACUUCAAACAAGUAAAGGCAAGCGUGUGCAGCCCCCCUGGUCUCCCCCCGAAGGCACAAAACAUUCUAGGCUCUGCCUCUACAACAGUCUGACUCGAAAUAAGGAAAUCUUUCAGCCUCAAAAUGGAAAAAAAGUGUUGUGGUAUUGCUGUGGUCCAACAGUUUAUGAUGCUUCUCACAUGGGACAUGCCAGGUCAUACAUCUCAUUUGAUAUCCUGAGAAGAGUCUUGAGGGAUUAUUUUAAAUAUGAUGUUUUCUACUGUAUGAAUAUAACAGAUAUUGAUGAUAAGAUCAUCAAAAGAGCAAGACAGAAUUACCUCUAUGAACGGUAUAGAGAGACCAAAUCAACACCAGAUCAGCUACUUGAAGAUGUGAAAACUGCCUUAGAGCUCUUUUCAGUUAAAUUAAAUGAGACAACAGACCCAGAUAAAAAGCAAAUGCUGGAAAGAAUUCAAAAUGCAGUGAAGUCUGCCUUUGACCCUCUGCAAGAAGCUGUGCAAUCAAAACUCCCUGCAGAAGAGAUCAGCAGAUGUCACGAGAUACUGUUGGAAGAAGCCAAAGAUUUGCUGUCUGACUGGUUGGACACAAAAUUUGGCAGUCAAGUGACUGACAAUUCCAUAUUCUCAAAGCUCCCCAAGUUCUGGGAAGGGGAAUUUCAUAAAGAUAUGGAAGCACUCAACGUUUUACCUCCAGAUGUUUUAACACGGGUUAGUGAAUUUGUGCCAGAAAUUGUGGACUUUGUGAAACAGAUUGUGGAUAACGGUUACGGGUAUGUGUCCAAUGGGUCUGUAUACUUUGAUACUAUGAAGUUUGAUUCCAGUGAAAAACACUCCUAUGCUAAACUGGUUCCUGAAGCUGUAGGUGAUCAAAAAGCUCUCCAAGAGGGUGAAGGUGAUCUGAGCAUCUCAGCUGAUCGCCUGAGUGAGAAACAUUCUCCAAAUGAUUUUGCUUUGUGGAAGUGCUCCAAGCCAGGAGAGCCCUCAUGGGAUUCUCCAUGGGGAAAGGGUCGUCCAGGUUGGCACAUAGAAUGUUCUGCUAUGGCUGGAUCCAUCCUAGGAGAGUCGAUGGAUAUUCAUGGAGGAGGAUUCGAUCUCCGCUUUCCCCACCAUGACAAUGAGCUGGCACAGUCCGAGGCUUACUUUGGCAACGACCACUGGGUUCGGUAUUUUCUGCAUACUGGCCACUUAACAAUUGCUGGUUGUAAGAUGUCCAAAUCUUUGAAGAAUUUCAUUACCAUAAAAGAUGCACUGAAGAAACAUACAGCACGGCAGUUACGGUUGGCUUUCCUCAUGCACUCGUGGAAGGAUACACUGGAUUACUCAAAUAAUACCAUGGAGUCAGCUAUUCAGUAUGAGAAGUUUAUGAAUGAGUUCUUUUUAAAUGUGAAGGAUAUUCUUCGAGCUCCCACUGAUGUGACAGGCCAGUUUCAGAAAUGGGGAAAUCAGGAGGCAGAGCUGAACAAAAGUUUCUACGACAAGAAGGCAGCAAUUCACGAAGCGUUGUGUGACAACAUCGACACCCGCUCUGUCUUAGAAGAAAUGCGUUCGUUAGUCAGUCAGAGUAACUGCUAUAUUGCUGCCAAGAAAUCUUCCAGACAAAUGCCAAACAGACUUCUUUUAGAAAACAUCAGUGCCUAUCUCACUCAAAUGCUAAAGAUUUUUGGUGCCAUAGAAAGUGAUGAUGCAAUUGGCUUUGCUGUUGGAGGGAGCAGUCAAAACAUAAAUAUUGAAUCCACAGUGAUGCCAUACCUUCAAGUUCUUUCUGAGUUCAGAGAAGGAGUGCGACAAAUUGCCAGGGAGAAGAAAGUAACUGAAGUGCUGCAGCUGAGUGAUGCUCUUCGAGAUGAUAUCCUUCCUGAGCUUGGUGUUCGAUUCGAAGAUCAUGAAGGACUUCCAACUGUGGUCAAAUUAGUGGAUAAGGACACGUUAUUGAAGGAAAGAGAAGAAAAGAAAAAGGUUGAAGAAGAGAAAAAAAGGAAGAAAGAAGAAGCAGCCAGGAAAAAACAACAGCAGGAAGCAGCAAAACUUGCAAAAAUGAAGAUUCCACCACAUGAAAUGUUUAAAACAGAACAUGACAAAUAUUCCAUGUUUGAUGAAAAUGGAUUUCCCACCCAUGAUACAGAAGGCAAAGAACUCAGCAAAGGACAGAUUAAGAAGCUAAAGAAACUUUAUGAAACCCAAGAAAAGCUUUACAAGGAGUACCUACAAAUGGUUCAGAACGGAAGCGCAAACUGAAGACAACAGGACUUGUUAUAGAAGAUCUCUGCAGGGCAGGAGCACCUGACAGCAAGAUGACUCCACAGAUUGUGCCUUAUGCACAGUCCUAAGUCUACCACCAUGUUACAAGAGGAUAGACAGCAGCAGAAAUCAUUCACUGAUCAUGGGAGAUAAAUGCCUUUGAAGAGGGGCACUAAAUAUCCAAGGAUAUGAUGUAAUUUAAAUAUGUUUACUUCAGUGUAGAUCAGUGAAGGAAGAAAGCCAAGUACUUCCAGCACUCUAGCCUGAUUCAAGGCUUCAGUAAUUGGUCAGAAGCUACCAAAUUAACUUUUACAGGACCAUCCUAAUUUUAAUUCAAUUCAGGGUUUGCAGCAUAUGAGAACUGCAUCAACAUGGCAGCAACUACUGCAGAGAGACAAACACUACAAAUGCCACGAAAUGCAGAGUGAUGCAAUGAACAGCCCAAUGAACAGCUGUGUGCUCCUGUAGCAGCAGAAACGUGCAGCUAGAUCAAAUGACUGAGCAAAACCUACUACCUACAUCUUUGUCAGAGACAAACUUUGGAGUUUGUACUCCAAACAUCAUCUGUGUGGAAAGGAAAAACACUUUUUAACAAAAUGGAGGUUGACAGAAAAAACAUAAAAGAAUACUUGACAGCUAUGAACCAGCAACCGGAACAAAAGUAUAGCGUACACCUUCAGAUAGAUUUGUCCUUCAGAGUCCUUUAUGCUCUUCUUUGGAAGGCUGAAAAUAAAAUGUUGCCACUACUGUGAAUAAAGUUGUCCCAAAAUAAGAAUACAUGAAAAUACAAGGAGGUUGUUAACCUGCUGAUGUUAGCAAAAAGAUCUGGUUUGGAGAAACAAGGAAAUGGAGCUGGAAGCAAAGAAGUUGACGCUUGGAUAUUAGGAAGAAUUUCUUUACUCUGAGGGUGGUGGAAUGCUGGAACCCAAGGAGGUGGUGGAAGCCUCAUCUCUGGAGACACUAAAGCUCAAGCUUGAUGGGGCUGUGAGCAACUUGUUCUAGGUGGGGGUGUCCCUGCUUACUGCAGGAGAGGUGACUUUUGGAGGUCCUUUCCAACCCAGUGCAUUCUAUAAUUCAAUGGCAGAACCUUCCAUUGAUCAUGUCCUUGAGCUUGUUUGUGCAACUAACUCUUAAACACCUAUUCUUCAAUUACAGUCCUGCUUUUAAUGAGUAAUUCCUGAUAUUCUUGUCAUUGGAAUUACUACAAUAUUAGUAUUCAGCAUUACUGUAUUAUUUAUUAAUAAUGUAUGAAUAAUUUUGAAAUGUUAAUCUUGCCUACUGAAAGGAUUGUGAUGAUUAGCACUAGUCAGUAAUUAUUGAAAUUGAAGCCCAAGUUGCAGACUUGGAAAAAACACCUUUUUUUAGAAGGGAAUCCACUGGCACAAUAAAGCAUUGGAAGCUUUUCCUAUUCCGCUGUUCCCAA